AAACUAUUGUUCAUAGUUUAGCCGUCUGUACAGUAUUUUAGAUUAUUCAGUGAUGUUGAGUUUUGUUCCUAGUUAGCAAUGUUUUAAGAUCUAUGGAAAUACAGGUUUUCUGUGUGUAUAGUGCGUGCCUUAUAAAAAAGGCUUAUUGUAAUCAACACGAUGUCGUCAAAAAGAUUCGGAAAUUUCCAGUUGAAACAACCCUCUACUUCAAGUAAAAAGCCUCGUUUGGAUAUUGAAACUAUAUCCAGCCAACAGUAUAACCAGCAAAAGGAAAAACAGACAACACCAACGACGGUUGCGAAAUCCUCAUCGAAGACUGACGUUCUCUGGGGCGACGAAGAUGACGAGUUCAUCAUUUUGGCAUCCCAAGCCGUCGAGGAGGUGGAGCUUUUCCAACAAACGCAGACGGGUGAAGUUACAUUCGGUAGAUUCGCAACGGGAACCGUUCCGACCAGUACUCCAGCAAUGGUCAAAAAAGCCGAUUCAUGUGAACUGAUGCCUCCGCCAGCGGCGAUUCCGGGUCCCUCUCGAGUAAACCCGGUUUCCACGGCGGUAAUUGAUCUGCUUGAGGAUGAUGACGACGACGUGUUUAGUGAGCAAUUCGAUGAAAACUACGACAAUAUAGAAAAACACAUCGACGAGUUUUUCAACAACGAGUUCGAUGAUGUCUUCAACCUAGCCAAUCUGCAAAGUAGUGGAAGUGCGGAAAAAAUUUCCACGGAUCAGCAUAAUGGGCCAAAGGUGUCUCCGACCAAGAAAGUCUCCCAGGAAGCAGUAAGUGAAGCAAUUCAAACAAAAACAAGCUUCAAACCGAAGGAACCUGUUUCUCGAGAUGUUGGUCCCAAAAAGGUCUUCAAUGGUAGAUUACAAACACAACAACAACUGUCGCAGGCCAACCGCGAAGCGCAACAAAUGGAUCAUGCUAAAGAUAUACAAAUCAGAUUCCUCAACAACCAAUUGGAGAUGGCAAGUAAGAAGAGCGAAAAGCUACAGGGUGAUUACAAUGAUGUCUUGGAACGCAUACAAAUUCGAGAUGGAGAGGUUUCUAUGUUGCGUUACGAACUUAAAAAUAUCAAGAGCCAAAAUGAACAACUACGUUUAGACAAGAUGAAAGAAAGUGAAACUAUUAGACAGGAACUGGUUGCAAAAAUGAAAAGUUUAGAAAAAGUUAUACUCGCUCAAAAAACCGAACUGGACUUUAAAAAUGUAGAAAUGAUGAGUAUGCGUACUAAGCGAAAGAGUACUUCCUUGCGCUUGAAUAAAUCAAUCAAUAGCGACACACCAGCAACGGAAACUGAUUUCAUUGUGCACAAUCGACGGCUACGGGUCUUUGAUGGGGUGACUUCAAAACUUAGGUUCACAAUCGAUCCAAAAAUGUUCGAUAUAUCUGCUGAAAGUAUGUCUCAAUUGGGUUCCAGCAAUGGAAUGUCAAAGUUUUCCAAAUGCGAUGUUAAUCUAUCUAAAUAUUUGGGUCAAAUGCAAGCCUGGCUAUCGAUAAUGGCUAGUGGCAAAGGACCACUUCCAGACGAUACUGUAAUCUCCGUUGUCAGUGUAGUCAAUCAAGCGGUACAUGAAAUCUCUCGUUACUGCAAUCGACUGCAGUUGGUGCGUGUGAAAGAAGUUCAUAUGGGCGCAAAAGUGGCCUUCGAUUUUCUCUCCAGAAACAGUAAAAAGUAUCGUCUGGAAGGCAAAGCGAACAUCUGCCAACGCGAACUCCUUUGCGUUAACGAAAAAGCUAUCAUUCCAAGAAGGUUUCUUGCGGCGCUGGCGUUAUUUUGUCAGUUUGUGCCCUCACUGGCUGUGCGAUUAAUGCAACCUCAGGACACUCUACCGCAGGACCAGAACUGUAUUAGUGUGCUCAGUAAAUCGUUGAGCCAAAUUAGUUAUGCCAUCGAACUUUACGACCACAUGGGAAUGAUAGCGGCAACGGCUGCCGUGCUGUGUAGUCUCACUCAUCACAUGAAACUGUUACAAGACGGAGGAUCAACACUAUUGGACUUACUCAAAUCAAUUGUACAUUGUCGACCUGAUAGUCCGCUCGUACUAGCUUUUCUGUCGGAAGCUCUCUAUAGGAUAUCAUCCUCCGAACAGUCGGUCGAUUUGUUAAGUUCCAUUUGCUGGCGAAGUAAACCGGAAUGUUUCUCACUGAACAGUUCGUUCAAAAUGUUUCAGUUUACGAAAGAUUCGUGUGUACUUCAGAUAUAUGCCACCUUGUUGGAAACGUCGGUGCCGCAGAAUCGAACGAUCGACUCAACCGAAACUCAUCACUUAGUAGAAAGUACUCGGAAUACCGUCUACUUUCUACGCAACUCCCUGGCACGCCCACUUCGAUGGAUUGACCAUUUUCGUCAGCCAUUGUUCAGCCGAGAUUCGCGACGUAAGCCGACAUCCUGUCAGUGCCAUAUUCGAAUCACGAACUCGUUCGUGAUUCUAUUUCAUCAGCUUCUCCGCUGUUGGAUGCAGCAUCCUAUGAGCAUCGAAUUCAACACAAUGCUACAGAUUACGCAAAAUGGCAUUUUGUUGUUGUUUGAUCUGUUUCAAACCGCAUAUCGAAGUGAGAUUCUAUUGGUCGGUGGUCAUGCGAUACAAUGCAGACUUCAAGCCACUUACGACUGGCUGGUGCAGCAUCAGAACGAUUUCCGCUUCCAAUCGGCACACAAAAAAGCUCUGCGCUUGCUGGAUCUUCGGUUAUUGAUGGAUGAUCCUCUUAAAUCUAGUGAUGACGAAUCCCAUGGGGACGACGAUUCCGACAGCCAUGGUGCUAGCCAGGAACGGCGAUCGAUGUAUGAUGAUUUUUGUGUAGAUUUUUUCUCCAGUAAAAUUGUACAAUCGUGA